AUGCAGGCACGCAAGCAAAUAAUCACAUCAACACAGCGCAUGGCUGCUAGUGCCCGGACCCGAUCCGUCCAACCACUUACACGGGUUCUUGCUACACAACCUUUGAGGCCAACUUCCCUACGAUUGAUCCCAAGUCUUGCUAUCAGGUCAUAUGCCAAUGGUCGUCCACACCCCCCGGUGCCUGCUCUAGAACAAUUUGGUAUCGACUUGACUGCCCGAGCCAAGGAUGGAAAGCUGGAUCCAGUCAUUGGAAGAGACGCAGAGAUUCAGCGAACCAUUCAAAUCUUGUCAAGACGAACCAAGAACAACCCAGUCCUGAUCGGCAAUGCGGGAACUGGAAAGACUGCAAUUCUCGAGGGUCUCGCCCUCCGUAUUGUGCGCGGUGACGUCCCUGAGAGUAUCAAGAAUAAGAGGGUCAUCAGCCUUGACCUUGGCUCUCUUAUUGCUGGUGCCAAGUUCAGAGGAGACUUUGAAGAGAGGUUGAAGAAGGUCUUGACAGAGGUGGAACAAGCUCAAGGAGAAGUUAUCCUCUUCAUUGAUGAAUUGCACACCCUCCUCGGCCUUGGGAAGGCUGAAGGGUCCAUCGAUGCGUCAAAUCUUCUGAAGCCUGCUUUAGCCCGUGGCGAACUUCAAUGCUGUGGUGCAACAACUCUCAACGAAUAUCGUCAAAUCGAGAAGGACGUUGCAUUGGCUCGACGAUUCCAGCCUAUCAUUGUUAGCGAGCCUUCUGUGGAGGAUACAAUCAGUAUUCUCCGAGGCAUCAAAGACAAGUAUGAAGUUCACCAUGGUGUCCGCAUUACAGAUGGCGCUUUGGUGGCUGCUGCUACCUUAUCCAACCGCUACAUCACCGAUCGAUUCUUACCAGAUAAGGCUAUUGACCUCAUGGAUGAAGCAGCCAGUCAUCUCAAAUUGCAGCAUGAGUCCAAGCCCGAGGAUAUAAUGCGCCUUGAUCACAAGAUCAUGACUAUCCAGAUUGAACUUGAGAGUCUGAGGAAGGAGUCAGACGUCGCUAGCAAGGAGCGCCGUGAGAAGCUUGAAAAUGACCUCAAGAAACUGAAUGAGGAAAUUUCCGAGCUCAAUGCGCGCUGGGAGAAGGAGCGCGCUGAGAUCGAAUCAGUCAAGAAGAUCCAAGAAGAUCUUGAUAAGGCCAAGUUCGAGCUUGAGCAGGCACAGAGAGAAGGAAACUUUGGUCGUGCCUCUGAGCUCAGGUUUGGUGUUAUUCCCAACCUCGAAAAGAAGUUGCCCAAGGAAGGAGAGGGCAAAGAAGCAAAGUCCAGUGAUGCUCUAAUCCACGACUCUGUUAGCCCCGACGAUAUUGCCAAUGUCGUCUCCCGCAUCACAGGCAUCCCUGUGUCGAAGCUGACUUCCGGACACAUUGAGAAAUUGGUUCAUAUGGAAGAUUCCCUCCGCGAGACAGUCAAGGGACAAGAUGAAGCCAUCAAGGCAGUCUCUAAUGCUGUCCGUCUCCAACGAGCUGGCUUGAGCGGCGAGAACAAACCACUGGCUUCCUUCUUCUUCCUGGGCCCUACUGGUGUGGGCAAGACAGAGCUGUGCAAGAAAUUGGCCGGUUUCCUGUUCUCGACUGAGUCUGCUGUUGUUCGCUUCGACAUGUCAGAAUUCCAGGAAAAGCACACCAUUUCUCGACUUAUUGGUGCACCGUCCGGUUACGUCGGCUAUGAGGACGCCGGCCAACUGACCGAAGCCGUCCGCCGGAAGCCGUAUGCUGUUCUUCUUUUUGAUGAGUUUGAAAAGGCACACCGCGAUAUCUCCGCUCUCCUCCUUCAGGUCCUUGACGAGGGCUACCUCACCGAUGCUCAAGGCCACAAGGUUGACUUCAAGAACACCAUUAUCGUUCUGACAUCCAACUUGGGUGCUGAUAUCCUUGUUGGUCAAAACCACCUUCACCCCUAUAGUGAGACACCCGAUGGCGAGAUCGACCCAUCAGUCCGUAAGGCUGUCAUGGACGUUGUCGCCUCGGCUUACCCACCUGAAUUCCUUAACCGUAUCGACUCUUUCAUUGUCUUCAAGCGUCUCGCCCGCAGCGCUAUCCGCGAUAUUGUCGAUAUUCGCCUCAAGGAGCUCCAGCAGCGUCUUGAUGACCGUCGCAUCAUCCUUUCGGUUCCCGACGAUGUCAGAGACUGGCUUGCAGAGCGUGGCUACGACCCCAAGUUUGGUGCUCGCCCCCUGAACCGACUCAUCACCAAUGAGAUUGGCAACGGCCUUGCAGACCAGAUCAUCAAAGGGCAGUUGAAGAUGGGUGAGACUGCCGAGGUUAAGAUCCGUGACGACAAGGAGGGCUUGGAUAUCACCGUCAAGCCCAAGGAUGCUUGA